AUGAAAUAUACAAUUGCUAUUGUGUUUGUUGCCUUCCUGUCCUGCAGCCUGGCCGCACCAGCCGCCGACUACCAGCAGUCGGUAAUCGAGCACUAUACGUCCGAUGUCCAGCCCGAUGGCUAUACGUUCGAUUUCCGAACCAGCGAUGGACAGAUGCACUCUGCGUCGGGUGUACUGAAGAACGCCGGUACUGAGAAUGAAUCGAUUGCUGUCACUGGAUCCUAUUCCUUCGUUGCUGAUGAUGGUCAGACCUACACCGUCAACUAUAUUGCCGAUGAGAAUGGAUUCCAGCCCCAGGGCGCCCAUUUGCCCGAUAAUGGAAUUAGCCACUAA